AUGGCAGAGCCCCCGGCCAUGGCGCUCGGCCCCUUCGGCGGCCUGUGGUUCCGCUCGGCCGAUCGGGAGGCGGCGUUCUGCGAGGACUACGCGCGCAGCCAUUUCCAGCUGGUUGACGGCGUGUUCCGGCCGCUCAGCCUGCUGGUGGCGGUCGCAUUCGGCUGGGGCAGGGUGGCCAACGACCUCAGGGAUGGAAGCCUGUCGCAGAGGGGAUGCGCGGCGCUGGCGGUGGCCUUCGUGGCGUUCGCCCUGGACUUGCAUUGGCUCGCCACUUCCCCGGAAGUCAGGCGGAGGAGGCGGACGGGCCUGGCGCUGGCCAAGCGGGUCGUGGUCAGCCUGCUGCCGGCGGUGCUGGCCCCCAUGAUGUUCCGGGACCCCGUGGGGGGGGCCUUGUCGAUGGCCAGGUUCACGUUUAUGAACACGGGCGUCUUCUCUCUGCUGGCGCCCAGCAUCAUGUGCCCCCUGCUGGCCAAGCACCACCUCGCGUUGCAGGUGCCGACGGUGGCGAUCCUGGUCUUUUCCACGCCGAGGUUGGCGUGCACCCAGGCGAUGAUCACCCCACAAGGCGCGCAGUACAUUGUGGCCGCGUGGCGGUGGCUUGCCGCGCUGUGCACUGGCGCGGCGAUCAGGAUGCCCGCCCCGGAGCCGGAGGAGUGCUGCAGGGACUUGGUGGUGGUGUCGCUGCUGGUGGUGGGCCUGUGGCUGCCAUCGUACGCGGUGUGGGCGGUGGAGUGCCGGGCGCGGUUCAAAUUCGACCCGAGGGCGUCGAGGCCGCUGACGCUGGGCACCGCCGCGGUGCACUGGAUGCUGCUGGCCACGGGGGUGUCCUGCGUUUGGUCGCUCAUGCACCCCGGCGCGUGGCAAUGA